AUGUCCGUCUUUACGAAGAAGCAGAGCAAGAAGGGGAGAAGCUCCUCGUCCCCUCAGGGCCCCCACAGCCUGCAGGAGGCAAAGAAGAGGGGCCAAAGGUUACGACGAACCCCUGAGAGGGAGAUUUGUGAAGAACUUGAGGGACUGGACCUGGGCGGCGGAUCUCUGGCGGAAGGAACGGGACUGGUUUAUGAUGAGCGCAUGGCGGAGCCCCGCUGCCUCUGGGAUGAUGGGUUCCCCGAGGCCCCGGCUCGCCUUCUCGCUGUGAGGGAUAAGCUGGCUGAAUACGGGCUGAGGGAUCGCUGCGUGCCGGUGCCGGCCAGAGAGGCUUCAGAGGACGAGAUCCGGCUCAUGCACAGUCCUCAGUUUGUCGAACUCAUGAAAUCUACGCAAAAUAUGAGCGAGGAGGAGCUGCGGGCGCUGUCUGAGCGCUACGACUCUGUCUACCUGCACCCCGCGUCGUACUCGGCAUCUUGUCUGGCCGUUGGGUCAGUGCUGCAGUUAGUAGAUAAAGUCCUGCACGGGGAGAUUCGCAAUGGAUUAUCCGUAGUCAGACCUCCCGGGCACCAUGCCCACAGAGACCAGAUGAACGGGUAUUGCAUGUUUAACCAGCUGGCCGUGGCAGCCAGGUACGCCCAGCACAGCCACGGGAUCAAGCGGGUCCUGAUUGUAGACUGGGAUGUCCACCACGGGCAAGGAACACAAUUCUUAUUUGAAGAAGACCCAAGUGUCCUGUAUUUUUCCAUUCACCGUUACGAGAAUGGCAGCUUCUGGCCGCACCUCAGCGAGUCGUCGUGCGGGGCUGUGGGGAAAGAGCGCGGUGUCCGUUACAACAUUAAUGUGCCGUGGAACAAGACUGCAAUGACUGAUGCUGACUACGUUACGGCCUUCCUGCACCUGCUUCUGCCGGUUGCGUACGAGUUCCAGCCCCAGCUUGUGUUGGUGGCAGCCGGAUUUGACUCUGUGGUGGGAGACCCCAAGGGAGAAAUGUCUGCCUCCCCUUCCUGCUUCUCACACCUCACACAUCUGCUCAUGUCGCUGGCCCACGGGAGGCUCAUUCUGUCCUUGGAGGGGGGAUACAACCUGCGCUCGUUGGCAGAAGGAGCUUGCGCUUCUUUGAAAAUCCUGUUAGGAGACGCCUGUCCGAGACUGCCCUCACCCUUCACUCCGUGCAAAAGUGCCCUGGACUCAAUCACUGACACCAUCUUGGCCCAUAGGAAGUACUGGAGGAUCUUGCAGGAUCUCGAUGCCGGAGGGGACGUUACUUCCGAGCAGGAGACUGAAGAGGACUCCAGCAUGUCUGGCGAAGCCGCUGUGAACGCAAUACUGGACGCUUCGAUGCGGGAGGUAAUGAGGCCGCUACCGGAGCAGAGAACAGGUCUGGUGUAUGACGAGCGUAUGAUGGAGCACUUUAACAUGUGGGACAGUCACCAUCCCGAGGUCCCUCAGAGGAUUUCUCGGAUAUUCCAGCGUCUCAAAGAGACCGGAUUAGAAACUCGCUGCAGUCGUCUGUCUAGUCGCUCGGCGUCUCGAGCUGAACUGCAAAUGUGCCACAGUCUCUCCCAUAUUCAGAGGAUUGAGGGAAGCGCACACAUGAAGCCUCGGGAUCUGCACAGAUUGGGCUCUGAAUAUAACUCCAUUUAUAUAAACACCAAGUCGUACGGCAGCGCCUGCCUGGCCACCGGCUCUGUGUUCAGUGCUGUGGAUGCUGUCCUCUCAGGGAAGGUCCAAAACGCCGUUUGUAUCGUCCGCCCCCCGGGUCAUCAUGCCGAGCCGGACUCUGCCUGCGGCUUCUGUUUCUUUAACACCGUGGCGCUGGCCGCACGGUACGCGCAGGCCUCGGCGGACAUCUCUGAAGCACCGUUAAGGGUGAUGAUUCUGGACUGGGACGUGCAUCAUGGAAAUGGCACCCAACACAUCUUCCAGGAGGACUCCAGCGUGCUGUACGUGUCCCUCCAUCGCUAUGACGAUGGCCUGUUCUUUCCCUGCUCGGAGGAUGCGUCUCAUGACCGCGUUGGCUGCGGCCGCGGCGAAGGCUUCAACGUUAACAUUCCAUGGAACGGCGGGAAGAUGGGGGACGCCGAAUAUCUCAUGGCGUUUCACAGGGUGGUGAUGCCCGUUGCGUAUGAGUUUGAUCCGCACCUGGUUUUGGUGUCGGCCGGAUUUGAUGCCGCCCGCGGAGACCCCCUUGGAGGCUGCCAGGUGACACCGGAGGGCUACGCGCACAUGACCCACCUCCUGAUGGGCCUUGCGGGGGGCAGAGUGGUGAUGGUGCUUGAGGGCGGCUAUAACCUGACAUCCAUUUCUGAGUCGAUGGCUAUGUGCACCCGAACCCUCCUGGGAGACCCCCCUCCGCCCCUGCUGGACCUGCGGCCCCCUCGCCUUCCCGCAUUGCAUGCGGUCCACAAGGUGCUCGGAGUGCAUCGCAGGUAUUGGCGUAGCCUGCGACUAAACGUUACUGGCCCCGUCUCGGACGAAUCAAAGCGCAGCCUGCCGUCUCCUCGUAAGAUCAAUCACGGGAAAGAUGAGUCUGCGCAGGAGAGCGGACCCUCACCUCAGACCACCAGCAGCUCUUCUGGGCCCUUCUCACCAGAUCCUGACAGUUCUCCCAGGGAAAAGGUUCUUGAGGUAGAUCCUCGACAAGGCGACGCUGUCUCUGUACGUCUGGCUGUCCAGGAACCUGAUGGACAGGAGCAGAAUUGCGUGUGUUCCUUGGCCGCAGUGACCCCGGCUGUUCAAAGCUCUUUCUUAAAUGCUGAAAAUACAGAUGCCUUCAUUCAAUCAAACAGCCCGGGGCAACGCGGUCUCGAGCAACCACAGACGUCUCUAGAUACAGGGGUCUCGUCAAUGGUCUCCGCGCCUUCCGAUUUAAUGACUGAUGAGAAGAUACUGGAGGCCCCCGCGGCCCAGAGACUGUUGAGCGAAGGGGAGAUGGAGAGGCAGCCACAGGGAAAGGCAGAACCUCCUCUGCAGGGAGAGGGAGACAGUCUAAUACUCCCUCUACUCAAACUUGGAGACCUGCGCCUGGAAGAUGAUGGAGCUGGCGCUGGUCAGUCUCCAGAUACCCUGGCUGAGCUGGAGCUCUUGGAGGCAGCUGGCGGGUGCGAUAACCUGACCUUCUGUGAACUGUUCCUCAAUCCGCUACUGGACGAGUCUGGCCCGGGUUUUACUGUCCCGUUAUCCUGGUGUCCACACUUGUCCACAGUCAGUGAGCUGCCGGUCGGCGGGCUGGAUAUUACUGAGCCGUGUGCUGUGUGCGGCAGCGUGCGGGAGAAUUGGGUCUGUCUAACGUGUUAUCAAGUGUUCUGCGGGAGGUACGUGUCUCAGCACAUGCUGUCUCACGGGGCCGCGUCCGGCCACUGUCUGGUGCUCAGUUUCUCGGACCUGUCCGUGUGGUGCUACGGCUGCGAGGCGUACGUCCAUCAUCAGGUUCUGCUGCCGGCGAAAUCCUCAGCCUACUUUGCCAAAUUCGGGGAGGAGAUGCUAGCGGUAUGAUGCGGUGAUGACACCCCCCCACCCGGCACGGGCGCCGUGUCCACCCCCCACCCGGCACGGGCGCCAUGCCCCGCUCUCACAUCUCUUCUAUUUAAUGUUUUAUUGGAAUCUCCUAAAUAUUUUUAAAAGCUGC